AUGGAUCUGCACCUGGGCCGCACGACGGAGCAGCGACUGGUGGCCCUCACAGACUUGCUGGCCAAGCCGGGAGAUGAUGAAGGGGCAGCCAAGCACCAAGCCCAGCUCGAGGCCCUCCGCCGUGCAGAUGCUGAAGCGAACAUAUCGGCCGGACAAGCAAUGCAGAAGGCCAAGCAGACGGAGGCGAACCUCAAGCGCACCUUGGAGAGGUUUGAACGCAUCAAGAAACAAGACAAUGAGCUCCAGGCCGAUGUGGCCACUGCAUCCACGGAAGUGGACGUCGCGAGGAGCCUCUACCAGACUGCAGUCAAACGGCUUGCCAGCACGGUCUCGGUGGAACCAGAUCAGCAGCAGUCCGACUGUGAGCCCCGACAGCCAGUCAUCGACCUCAGCGCUCUGUUGGAAGGACAGGAGGUGCAGCUUGACGACGGCGAGCUCUUCGGACUGGAAGAACUGGACGACGUCAUCUCCCCCGAGGAGAGAGCCGAGGCCCAGCGGCGCAAAGAUGAGCUGCAGAAGCAGUUAACAGAGGCCGCCCAGGCGUGCUUCAGCGAUGUCAAGGCCAAGGCAGCGCUCAUCAAGGAGGAGCAGGCCAAACAGCUAGCCCGCCUCAAGGCCAAGCGGGGACGCGCGGAGCCCGACAGCAAGGCAGCCGAUGCAGCCACCAGCGGCCUUAGUGCAGGGUACGACGUCCUGAGCGACGGUAACAUCAGCGACAUCGUUGACGACGGCGCCUACAGCGAGGGUUUCCACGGGUGGGGCGAUUUCCACCGCGGCGGCGGGUAUCACAGCAAUGGGGACAAUUGCUGCGAGUCGAACUCAGAUGACAUCAACUGCUUCUACGGCGACGGGAGGAACACAUAUUGCAUCUGCUGCAUCCAAGAUGACAUGCAGACCUCGGUAGAGGUGUCAGCGGAGCAUUACGUGCAGGACAGCGGCAACUGGCAGUCCGUGGUGCGUGGCUCUGGGGCGGAGCCCCAGUUUGUGCGGCUGGUCGAACAGGCAGCAGAGUCGUGCUCGCAUGGGGGUCAACUGCAGGCCCGCGCGACCAUGGUCAGGCCACACACUCCAUGCUGCAACUCGGUGCUCGGGGGCGACAUCCAAGGCGCUGGACGCUGGUCGCACUUCCUCGAGGGGGUCGACUGGCGCGACUGGUGGGCCCUCGCGCCCCAGCCGGGGCCCAAGGUCGGGCACGUGCUCGACUGCCCGGAGUGCCCGCCCUGCCAGAGCGUGGUCUCCAUCGACGACGACUUCCUGGCCCGGAUCCCCUGGGACUGGGCGGACCGGCUCAUCUUCUUGCUGGCCGGGCUUGGGCUCGGCAAGGUGCGCCUGGGCUGUACGCGCAGCAGGCGGGCUUCGCGGCGGUCGGUCCCGCUGCACGAUCACUACGACAACGAGGACUUCUUGCGCGCCGGGAUCGGUCCCGGCGGCCGUGCGGGCGUCUCCACUCCGUCUACCCCGCCCUCGGCCAGCUCGGCUGUCUGUGGCCAGCACGACCCGGGCGUGGCUAUUUUUCCUCUUCGUCUUCGGCAUCGGAGCGAGGGGGACCGUCAGGGAUUACCUCGGUAUCUCCGCCGGCGGCUGGCUGCGCAAGAUGAGCACGAGAAUUUUGUGGCUGACGCCGUCUCGUCGCUCAACUCCCUGUACUCCACCGCUGGCUCUGGGUACUCGACCUACGAGUUCCCCAACCGCCACAAGUCCGGCGAGCCGGUCUCCGCCUUCAACGACGCGGUCCUCGGGAACGUCGGCCGUGCCGUCAGCGCCUUUUUCCCUCGGCCUGACGAACGACAGCUUUGUCCAGGAGGAGCCUUGCGCGAGCUCCUCAAGUGCAAGGAUAUUUACGACACGGACCAGGACACGACGGUGGCGCCUUUCGACCCGGAGAAGCUCCGCGUGCUCAAAGCGGCCCUGGGACAUGUGCUGGUCGGCCCCGCCUGGGAGCUCGCCGACUCGGCCACCGCGCCGGACGAGAGGAGGGUCGACCCCUCCGAUGUCCCGCACGCGGCCAGCAUCGACCUCCUCGACGGCUACUACCAGUUCAGCAACGACAGCAUGGCCUCGUGGUUCGCCCUCGGCUACCACGUCUCCGCGUCGGAGGUCGGCGUCACCGAGGAGCUCGACGAGCAGACCGGCGAGCUCGUCCCCGUGGCCGCCACGGCGCAGGUGCGCCCGCGGCCCGCCCGGGUCUGGCGGCUCUGGUACGCUUUGGACACGCUGCUGGGGCAGAAGCGGAAGCUCGCGCCGCAGAUGGCCAGGCGCCUGGCGGGGCACCUCGUUGACUUGCUGGCGAUUCGUCGCGAGUUCCUGUCCGCCCUGUGCCACCUGUACCGCUUCAUCGGGGACGGGGCCGGGCCGCCGCGGGCCUUGCCGGGCCCCCUCCUGGUCGAGCUCCGCAUUUUCAAGGGCCUGCUGCCGCUGGUCGUCCAGAACUUCUCCAAGCCCCCCUGUGGGCGUAUGUAUUGCAGUGACUCCUCGGGCUUCGGGUACGCGGCCCACGUGUCCGACGUCAGUCCCCAGGAGCUUCUCCCGGAGGUCGGCUGGCGAGAGCGUUGGCGAUUUGUCGACCCGACGCCCGAGCCGACGCAGGACUUCCUUUUGGCGGCCCCGGCGGCGCCCGCUGCGGUCGCGCCGAACUUCAUGGCCUGGUUCGAGUCCGAGGUCGGCGAGGACGACAAGCUGCAGCAUGCCGGGCUGGCAGUGGCGACGCCCACGAAGCUGUCUGCCGCGGUGCCGCGGACGUGGGCGCUGGCGCCGGCCCGCCCGGGGCUCGGGCUCGGCCGCGCGCCGUCGCCCAGGCUCGUCCACGGCCUCAGCAUCGCGGCGAGCGCCGACAACGGGAUCGAGCUCGGGACGAUCCACGACCCGAUCGCCAACCUGGUCGCCGCGGAGGCGGGCCCGGCGGGCGUCUCGGUGCUCGAGCUGUUCGCGGGCUGCGCCUUCCUUUCGAGCGGGGUGCGGGCUGCCGGCAUGCGCAUCGGGGUCCCGUGCGAGCUCGACCACGGCUCCCACUUCGACCUCACGCGGCCCCGCGUUCAAGCCGAGGUCCUUCGCUGGCUGCGGGAUGGGCGAGUCUGGCUGGUGUUCCUCGGGACCCCGUGCGGGCGCUGGUCUCAGGCGCGCAGCACCGGGCGGGCAGGGACAGAGGUCGACCGGGCGGGAUACGCCUGCGCCCGCUUCACCGUCAGGGUGCUCCGACUCUGCCGCCAGCUGGGGAUCUACGUGGCCGUGGAGAACCCGCAGCGGAGCGGGUUGUGGGACUGGCCGCCUCUGGCGGCCGAGCUGCGACGCAGCGGCUGCGCCCACGUCGACUUCGACAUGUGCGCAUUCGACACCGCCUGGAGGAAGCCUACCCGACUCGCCACCAACCUGCCCGGGGCCGACUCGCUCGAGCGCAGAUGCCCCGGCCAACGACGACACGUCAUCUUGGAGGGGAAAGUCGGUGGGGCAUCUGGGCCCGCGAAGUGGCGCACCUCCUACGCGGGCGCGUGCCCGCCGAAGCUCUGCCGGGCAUUCGCGAGGGUGGCUGCCGGGGCUGCUCCUGCUGGCGCGCGGCGCCGCCGCGGCGAGGGGCAGACCUCCGACUGGCGGGAGGACCAGCUGCUGGACGCCGCCGGGACCGCGGGCGCCGGCCGCUCGCAGAGGAGCUCCGCAUCCUCGGCGAGAUCCGCGCCUACAAUCGCGCCCAUGACCCGCAAGCGGCGGCGCGCCAGCGGCGUGGUCGACUCGCCCCCCGGCUUCCUGCGACGGGCCACGGUCUCGGCCAGGACCCGCGGCACCUACACCAAGGCCUUCGCGCUGGUGCAGCCGUUCGCGGCCGGGCGAGGCGCCUCCCCGCAGACCAUGAAGGAGUGGGGCACCAUCCUCCACGACUACCUUGAGAUGGAGUUCUUGGAGGGGGCUUCGGCGGCCGUCGGACGCGUCGCGCUGUACGGCACGGCCUGGUCUCUCGACUUCGUCACCCGCGAUCCGUCAGUGCUGCCCCUGUCGAAGAAGGCCCUGAAAGGUUUCGCCAGCAUCCGGCCAGACACCAUGCGCGACCCGCCGCCUCUGGAGGCGAUCUGGUGCUUGGUGGGGCGGCUGCUGCUGGCCAACACCUUGGAGUGCGACCUCGCCUCGGCCUUCUGCCUCCUCGCCUUCGCCGCCUACCUCAGGCCCUCAGAAGCCCUGGAGUUGACAGCCGCGCAGGUGAUCCCGCCGAAGCACGGCACGGCUAACCGGUCGUGGGCUCUCGUCGUGGCGCCGGAAGGGGGCAAGCCUGCCAAGAACAAGCAGUUCGACCAGGGGGUGAAGAUCGGGGCCUUCGGCCGGUCGUUCGCGGUCGACGUGCUUCAGAAGUUGUCGCACCGCGCGCCGCCGAGCACGCUGCUGUUUCGCCACCUCACGCUCGGCAAGCUUGAGGCUAUCUUCCGGAGGUACGGGGACGUCGACGGUGUCAAGAUCACGCCACACUGCCUGCGCCACGCAGGCCCCUCGCACGACAUGCACUACAACGACGCCUCGCUCGACUUCGUGAUGAUGCGAGGCCGGUGGUCAGUGGUCAACUCCGUGCGCAGGUACGGCAAGCCGGCCAAGCUCCUGCGCCAGUUGGCCAAGCUGGAUCGCUCGACGGUCCUCGAGGCGCCGAGCCGGGCCGCCCGGCUCCCGG